UACGUUUUUGAAAACUCUUUGGUAGAAUAUCCUGGUAUCAAUCUCUUUAUUUCAUCGCCUGCGAUCGUGCGCUUUAAACGUUUUUGAAUCCAGUAAAGCAAUAAGUGAAAAUUAAGUAGAAUUUUAACAAUGGCAAAUAUAGCAGCCAAACGUAUAAAAAGAGAGUUCAAAGAGAUAAUGAAAAGUGAAGAGGUGAUUGGUGGCUCCAUAAAAUUGGGACUCGUGAAUGAGAAUUGGACUGAACUCAAAGGCGAGAUAGCUGGUCCUGUUGAUACUCCUUAUGAAGGUGGGACCUUCCUCCUUGAAAUUAAAGUUCCCGAAACUUAUCCUUUCAAUCCUCCUAAGAUACGCUUUUUGACCAAGAUCUGGCAUCCGAACGUGUCCUCAGUCACCGGUGCCAUAUGUUUAGACAUCUUGAAAGACCAAUGGGCAGCAGCUUUAACAUUGCGUACAGUUCUAUUGUCGUUGCAAGCAUUACUGUCAGCAGGUGAACCUAAUGAUCCACAAGAUGCUGUGGUCGCCAAACAGUUCAGAGAGAAUCCUCGUUUAUUCACUAUGACGGCACGACAUUGGACCAAUGUUUAUGCUGGUGGGCCAAAUAUAGUACACGAAUGCAAUAGCAAAGUGCAGCGUAUGCUGGACAUGGGUAUUGAUGAACAUCAGGCCAGAGUAGCUCUCUCCUCAUAUGAUUGGGAUUUAGAGCGUGCCACUGAGCAACUUUUUGGCUAGAUAUUUGUAAUAAAUUUUAAUUAAGACGUGUUGCAACCAAUCUACUUUGAUGUUGUAAUUAUCCCUGUUAUUUUCAUAGUGUGCCCUUUGUGGGGACUUAGAUUUUUUUUCUUUCAAUCCAUCGUAAAAAUAAUUACAAUAUAUCACUAAUUAAGAUAGGUUUGAUGUCCAAGUAAAAUUUACUGUUAUAUAUAAGUACGUUUGAAAGCGAACUAUACUAUUGAACUCAAUAAAACAGAAAAUAUAAAACCAAAUACUCCAUAACCUUUUUAAUAUUGAAUUUACACAAACGGCAGAAAUAACUUAAUCAGAUAAUAGCAACACUGAAAUAGCACGUGGAUAUGAAAUUGUACACAGAAUCUUUAAAUAAUGUAGAUUAUAAAUUUUAUUUAUGUACAAUAAUAAAUCUUUAAAUUUCCUCACGGAGUGUUACUCAAUGGCUAAGAAAAUAAAAACACAGAGUUUACAUUAUAUGCAAAUCAAGUAUUAGUUAUUGUACAGUAUUUUUUGUAUAUACCUAUAAAUGAUUGUUAUAUGUAUUCCAUUUAUAAAUCAAUAUUUGUUUAUGCAGACUCUUACUCUACGUAGACUAUUUGUUUCUACUUUUAUUCCAUCGACGCGAAACUUUACUAAAGAAAGUAAUUAGAUUUCGAACUAAAUGAUUUUUAUGAAUGAUUAAUGAAUAGUAAUUAUUUUUAUUUUAAAUAUUAGUUUGGUGGUAUUGAUGACCUAAUUCGUGUAGGUAGUUACUAUACAUUUGAUAUGUUUAGCUUAUUCCAUUUCUAGUUAGUUUUGUAUAGUAUGAUCGAAGGCGUGGCGUGGGUAAGAAUUCCACGAUGUUUCCUUAAUGGUAAUUAAAUAUAUGUAAAUGAAUCGUAUAA